AUGGGCAGGAUAUUGGGGGGUGGCGGGUUCCCGGAUACGGCCUCACAUCCGCUCUGGGCCGGGCACGGAGCAGCCGCCGCCGCCUCGGACCCGGCGCUGUGCCGUCCGACCCUAUCCCGCCCCAGCCCGUCCCGAUCCCGGCCGUUCUGCUCUUUUCCUCUGUCUCGGAUGGCCGCGAUCUCCCGGGCACCCGCGGGACGCGGGCAGGGCCACAGCCAUGUCCCCCGCUGGACCAGCACCCUGAGACAGGACACAGAGCUGGAGAACACCGGGAGAGCUCCAUCCCGCCGGGGCCGGUUCUUGAAGGUGUGCGAUGGAAACGCCGGUGGGACCCAGCGGUGUCAGAUGCCGGGAGGGAACAGCCGUGGAGCCCCGAGCACUGCGGGCAGCGCCUCCCACGCCCGGCUGAGCUCGGUUCUGAGYAAAGUGGCACAACUGGAAAGCAAGAUCAUGAACCAAAAAAAGCACCUGGAACGGCAGAACACCGACUCGGGCCUGAAGCYUUCAGCUGAGGAGUGCUCCUCAUCUGCCUCUGGGCAUGAACGUGCCAGGGGCAAGAAGUACUGGAAGAAUUAUGGUACCACCAGUGCUAAUGGGACACGCAGGGAUGCCUGUUCUGAGGAAGAGGAAAGCAUCCAAAGCCCUAAAAAGAAUGUUCUGGUUAAACAACACCUUGAUUUGGAUAGUGAUGAAGAGGAAAUGAGAGAACUGAUGGGGAGCUCUUUGGGUUUUUCCAGUGGAAGUGGGAAACAGAAGGUUCUGAGCAAGACCCCAGUUCCAUCAGCAAGGCCUCCUCCACCUCAUGAGGAAGUUCCACCAGCAGAAUUAUCUGAAGCAUCUUCUUUUCACAACAAAKACUCAGAGAAAAGUGGGUUUGGUAGAAUUAAAUCACCAGCACCUUCACCCACCAGCAGAAACCUGCCAGGACAUACCAUGAGAUCUCRAUUGUCUUCUUCCAUGAAAGACAACACUGUGAAGAUGACUCCACCUAAAGCACGCUACAUCAAGCAAAGGCAAAAAUCCCUGGAAAGUGAUACAAGUGAAAUAAAAUCAUUAGAUGAAUUAUUUUCAAAAGGAGCUGAUGCAGAMGAUCCAACCAGCAGCAGCUCAGAAUCUUUCAGACUGAAUGUCCUGAGCCUUGAUGAUUUGGCACCAGAUAUUACCAGUACARCAGCAGAAUUAAAGCAGAAAGGAAAAGACAUCCAGGWUACUCAAGAAUCAAASAAAUAUGUGAAAAAAGAUAYWUUGYUGGUGGAAGAGGACCAAGCUGCUCYUAAAAGGACCAGUGCAGUAACUGAUGUGAGUGAUUCUCCUGAAGAGGAUGUUGAAAAAAUCAUCACUGAAGCUGAAAUCUCUGAACAUUUAAGUGGAGUUUCCUCCGAUUUCCCAGCACACRAACAGGAUUAUCUUAAUGAGGAUGAGAGAACUUUUAAUUCAGAAUAUUCUGAAGACUUUGAAACGUCUCUGUCUACAACAGACAGGGAAUGUGAGAGCCACACUGGUUCUGGAGMRCACUCACCUUCAGUGCCAUCCCCGWKGGUCACCCAAGAGCAGCACAGCCGUGKGCACUGUGUGACUGUCACAGAAACYGGGGUUCAGACAGCAGAGCCUCCGUUCACCUACAGCUGGGCAAAGGCAACCCCCUCAGCAGUGCUCACCCCUCCUGUUGGAACCAGCUACGUGGAUCCAGUGCCAAUCGCCAGUCACAUCAUCAGCAUGGAUGCAGUAGAAGCCCUGACUGCUUACAGCCCCUCGGUUCUGGUUUUACAAUCCAUGUGCAAGCAGCACCUGAUGCUGACCCAGCAGUUUGUAGAGAACSUUCACCACCUUCACACAUCCCUGGUGGAGUCAUUGGAGGAUGAGAAGUUCCACUACCAUACCCUGGAAGAGGCUAAAGAGUACAUCAAGAAUCACAAAUCCCCACCUCUAACAAUUGAACAAGCACUUGAAGAAAUUCGGAGAGCCCAGGAUAACUGCUUGGACAGUUAUUGAACUUUAAGUAACAUUUAUAUUUACACCUCUAAGGCUGAAAYAAGAUACUUUUCCAAGCUGCACAGAUAAAAGGUUACAAACUAUGUAGUGGAAGGAUUUGUACAAAUUGCUAUGUUAGUAUGAAUUAGUACAAGUUGCUAAUUAUUGUAUAUAAUUUAGUUUUUUAUACCUGAAUUUUUUAUUUGUGUAUGCAGUACAAGGAUAGGCAGGAAUCUCCAGCCCAUGUCAGCUCAAACGAAAUCAAGAGAACACUUCUCUGUAAUGGAAUGAUGAUAAAUCAUCAUGGUGCACAGAUUUAUCCUGCAAAUUGUGGCAUCUGUGAUCACAUCUGUGAUUGUGGCAGAAGAGAAAAUCUGCACUACAGCCCCCAGAAAUGUGACCACAGCAGAAAAUUAUCAUAUCCUGACUUUAGUGCCAUUAUCCAAACAGUGUUUCUAUAUAAUCAGGCUUGUCAGAUUACAACAAACCCAAACACAGCUCCCAAGCUUGGAGUGUGUAAUUUAAAUUAAGAUAAAUUAUGAAAAAGC